AAAUUAUAAAUCCGCAAACUCUUUCUACAUUCUUCCAAACACCGCCAUGAACUUUUUCUCCUCCGUCUUCUCCGACGACCCCGACUCGCCGCCGCCCGAGUCGGACAGCCCCGAUCCGCCGCAGAGCGACACCGUUUGGAGCUUCGGCGGCCUCAUCCAAACCCUAGCCUCGAAAUCCGAGUCCGUCCUCGGGAACUACCGCCGCGAUCUCGAGGAAUUCGGCUCCGGCCUGCGGAAGGAGACGGCGGUCAUCCGCGAAGCCGCCUCGCGCGCCGUCAUGGACCUCCCGGCGUCGCUCGACGCCGGCGCGUCGGUGGCGCAGGAGUCGCUGGAGUCUGUCGGCCAGGCCAUCGACGACAUCGGCAGCACCGUGUGGAAUUCGACGGCGCAGAUAAUCUCUCACGGUAGGGAAACUCUUUUAGCCUCUGAUUUCGAUUCCGAUUCGAGCAAUUACGAAAAUAGUAGUAAUAAUAAUAAUAAUAACAAUGUUGGCAAGAGUGGUAGUGGUAGUGGUGAUUUGAAACGGUAUAGUAGGUUUGAUACGUUGGUGCGUGCGCUUCAGAGUGAUGAGAAUACCUAUUUGGAGGAGCCUGAGGAUUUGGGGAAUUUCAAUGAGUGGAAAUUAGGGUUUGAGUUGGACAAGAAAGGUGAGGAGAUUAGGGGUUUGAUUGAAGAGAAUGGGGUUGUUGAGGAGAUUUAUGAGAAGGUUGUGCCUUAUAGGACUGAUGAUGAGAGUUUCUGGAGCAGGUAUUUUUAUAGGCUCCAUAAGCUGAAGCAAGCUGAGGAUGCCAGAGCUAAGCUCGUGAAGCGCGCAAUUGCUGGGGAUGAUGAAGAGGAUUUGAGUUGGGAUUUUGAUGAUGAUGAUGACAACGACAAUGAUGGGUAUGAGCCUAUUAGGGUUUCAAAGGAGAAGGAGGAAAAUUCUGCUGAUGUUGGUGCCUGUGGUGGUGUUGUUGAGAAUGUUCAAGCUGGGGAGAAGGAUUUGGAGAUAGAGGAUGGUGGGAAGGGUGUUGAGAAUGUUCAGGCUGGGAAGAAGGAAUUGGAGAUGGAGGAUGAUGGGAAGGGUGUUGCUGCUCCUGAAUCUAAAACGGGUGUUGAUGAUAUGUCAGAGAAUGUGGCAUCUAAUGUUCCUGCGAAUGUAAGUGCGGAUGGGGAUAAGUUGGAUGUCAAAUGUGAAGAGAAAGAAGCAUCGGAAGUUAAGACAGAUAAUGAUAACAAUGGAUCUUGCAAAGACAGUGAUAUUUCAGUUGUUUCAACCCAGCCUUCAAUGCCUGGGGAAGAAGACAUUGGCUGGGAUGAAAUUGAGGAUAUUGAAAGCAAUGAGGAGAGUAAAGAGGAUGCCGUUGGGUCUGCCAAUAGGAUUGAUUUGCGGAAGAAGUUGAGUGUGGCAGACCAAGAUGAGGAUCUUAGUUGGGAUAUUGAAGAUGAUGAUGAGGCUGUUAAAUCAUGACCAGAUUGUGGGUUCAAAUCAUUGGUCCUUCAAUUUUUAAAAACAGAUUGCUUAUUAAGUGUAUAAUUCUUUUCUUUUAACUUAAAAAAUGUAAAUAAACUGUUUUUUAUGCCUUAUACACGCUUAAGUCAGAAGGUGGACACUAGUUGAAAGUUUAAUUCGUAAGUUCAUGUGGAUUCUUCAUCCUCUUUGAGGAAGGUUCAGGUUCUUGCACCGUAUUCGGUGUAUAUUUUUAAAGGAAGGCUUGUUCAGUUAUUUGUUGUUCCUAUUUUUAAAGGAUAACAUAAUCAUGUCAUAUGGAGCCACCUUAUUACUGAUAUA